AUGGCAAAGACACACAAGUUGAGAACCUCUCAGCGGAAGGAAAACCGUAAGAAAGAGACCGAAUAUAUUAAAGAUUUGGAGAAACGAAUUGAUGAGUACGAUGUUAAAAAUUCCAAAGCUGUUUUAUUCAGAGAUCUUCCAAUAAGUGACGCUACACUCAAAGGUUUAAAAGAAGCUGCCUUUGUUAAACUGACCGAGAUUCAAAGAGAAUCGAUUCCCGUCUCUUUAAAAGGCCAUGAUCUACUUGGUGCUGCCAAGACCGGUUCAGGGAAGACUUUAGCAUUCUUGAUUCCAGUAUUAGAAAAGCUAUACCGUGAAAAAUGGACUGAGUUCGACGGAUUGGGAGCUCUGAUCAUUUCACCCACAAGAGAAUUGGCAAUGCAAAUUUACGAAGUGCUGACCAAGAUCGGUGGGCACACUUCCUUCUCUGCGGGUCUGGUUAUCGGUGGUAAGGACGUCAAGUUUGAAUUGGAGAGAAUCUCUAGAAUUAAUAUCCUUGUUGGAACUCCGGGAAGAAUUUUGCAACAUAUGGAUCAAGCGGUCGGGCUAAAUGCUGACAAUCUUCAAAUGCUUGUCCUGGACGAAGCCGAUAGAUGUCUGGAUAUGGGUUUCAAGAAAACUUUGGAUGCAAUUGUGAGUAAUUUACCACCUUCAAGACAAACUUUGCUGUUUUCAGCAACGCAAUCGCAGUCCUUAGCUGACUUGGCAAGAUUAUCAUUGACAGAUUACAAAUCGGUCGGUACGGCUGACACCGUUAACGGUGGUGACAGCGAAGUUUCUACUCCAGAGACUCUUCAACAAUCUUACAUCGUCGUCGAAUUGGCAGACAAACUUGAUACAUUGUUCAGUUUUAUCAAGACUCAUCUUAAAAGUAAGAUGAUUGUGUUUCUUUCGAGUUCAAAACAGGUUCAUUUCGUAUAUGAGACUUUCAGAAAGAUGCAACCGGGUAUAUCGCUAAUGCACUUGCAUGGUAGACAGAAACAAACGGCACGUACAGAGACGCUAGACAAAUUUAGCCGAGCUCAACAGGUUUGUCUGAUCGCCACAGAUGUUGUGGCUAGAGGUAUAGAUUUCCCUGCCGUGGACUGGGUCGUGCAAGUCGAUUGUCCCGAGGAUGUAGACACCUAUAUUCACAGAGUCGGUAGAUCAGCACGUUACGGGAAGCAAGGUAAAUCUCUGAUCAUGUUGACUCCUACAGAAGAAGAAGGCUUUUUGAAAAGAUUAAAGGCAAGAAAAAUCGAACCAAGCAUGUUGACCAUAAAACAAUCAAAGAAAAAAUCAAUCAAACCACAACUACAGUCAUUACUAUUCAAAGACCCUGAGCUAAAAUAUUUGGGUCAAAAGGCGUUCAUUUCUUAUAUCAGAUCGAUUUACAUUCAAAAGGACAGAGAAGUUUUUAAGUUCGAUGAGCUGCCAACAGAAGACUACGCUCUAUCUUUAGGCUUACCAGGUGCUCCAAAAAUCAAAAUUAAAGGUAUGAAGGCCAUUGAGCGGGCAAAGACAAUGAAGAACACGUCAAGACAACUCUUGUCCCUAUCAAGAGCUAACGAUGACGGUGAACAGGAAGAGAAAGCCAAAGAAGUUAGAACCAAAUACGACAAGAUGUUUGGACGUAAAAAUCAGACUGUGUUAAGUGAGCACUAUCUAAAUAUCACCAAAUCCAAGGCCCAGGAAGAUGAGGAUGAAGACUUCAUGAUGGUUAAACGUCAAGAUCACAAGUUGAACGAAGAUGCGCUACCUGAGUUGUCUGUUCCUACUUCAAAGAGAUCGCAGAAAAAGGCACUAUCAAAGAAAGCUUCUCUCUCAUCGAAGGGCAAUGCCACUAAGAUGGUAUUUGAUGACGAAGGUACUGCUCAUCCAGUUUACGAACUCGAAGGUGAAGAAGAGUUUCACAAGAAGGGUACUGCUGAGAGCCAGCAGAAAGAGUUCUUAGAGAAAGAAGCAAAGGUGAUGGCUGGAGUUGACACUGACGAUAAGAAACUCGCCAAGGAAAAACGUCAAGAGAAGAAGAGGAAAAGACUUGAGGCCAUGAGACGGGAGAUGGAGGCCGAACUGGCAGAGGAGUAUAGCGAUGAGGGAGAGACCAUCGUACAGCUGGGAACAGGUAACUUGAGUGACGACAUGGAAGAUGACUACGAUUCUGAUGAACGUCCAACUAAAAAAUCAAAAUCGACAAACUACAAGCGCGGCCCACUCGAGGAUGAACACAGCGACGUUAUUGAAGUUGAAGAGCCUGAAACUUUAGAAGAUUUGGAAUCGUUGACGGCAAGACUGAUCCAAGGUUGA